GUAAGGCAAUAAAACUAGUGACAUAUCCCCACAGCUAUAAUAAAAUUGUUAGAUGCAGUGUCAUAGUCAUCUUUUAUAGUGUACCUCUCAUUUAUUACCUUUGCCUUUUAUCUUCAUCAUUCAUUCCUUCUCCAUCCACUAAAAUGUUCUUUGCCCCCUUCCAUCCCAUUCUAUUUUACCUUUUUUCUAUUGAAUCUGCAGGCACACGCUUAAACUUUUUCUCCUCCAAUUAGGGUUUCCAAUUGAGGACUUGUAGCAAUAAAUCUGUGCAGUUUGCAGUUUGAAGCAAGAAAGACCAAUUUCUUGGAAGAGAUCCCAAGGAUAAAAAGUGAAAAAUGGCUUCAUCCAGUUCAUACAACUCUCCCUGUGCAGCCUGCAAAUUCUUGAGGAGAAAAUGCAUGCCAGGUUGCAUUUUUGCACCAUACUUCCCACCAGAGGAGCCACAAAAAUUUGCAAAUGUGCACAAGAUUUUCGGUGCAAGCAACGUUACCAAGCUCCUCAAUGAGCUUCUCCCUCAGCAGAGGGAAGAUGCAGUGAACUCUCUUGCCUAUGAAGCCGAAGCCCGAGUCCGAGAUCCAGUCUACGGCUGCGUUGGUGCCAUCACCUUCCUCCAAAGACAAGUCGAGCGCCUUCAAAAGGAACUUGAUGCAGCUAAUGCAGACUUAACUCGCUUGACAUGCAAUGAGAUUCCGACUGGAUUACCCUCCACUCGAGUAGUUAAUUCAUUUCAUUCCAUGGUAGCACCCCGCCAGAGGCCGGUAAGGAUUGGCAAUGAAAGUGGUGGCAACAUUUAUCAAACACCCCAAGACUUCUACUUUCCAUAUCCUCCUCCAUGGAAUGGUCACAACCCUUCUGGUAAUAUACAUGGGGGAGGUGCAGAUGGAAAUUUUUAAGGGUACAUCACCUAUAAAUCUAGGGUUUAUGUCCCCCCCUAGAGGAAUUAUAUGCAUUCUUAUCUUACUUGUCAUGGCCUCUAGCUAGCCUCACAUGCAUUCUUCUAGCUAGACUGAGUCCUAUUAUCCUAAAAAGAACAUUAUUUGGGUGGUUUUUAAUAAUUAGACAAAGAUUAUAAGUCUUGUUUAAUUAGUCUACAAGUACUAGACUUGAUAAGAAUGUUCAUGUGAAGAGUUAUUUAUUCUGUGGGAUUGUUCAUCAUUAAGAAUAAACUUGUGUGAAGUAAUUAUUAACUGUCAAGGGGGAAAAAAAUUGAUUAUAUAGUAAAAUUAA